CAAUAUUGCGACUGCACAUCAUCAUGGCCGGGAAUGACAGUCGCUGGUGGACAGAGUACAGGCGGCAGCAGCUGAAACUGCAACCGGUAGGCUUCGAAGUCAUAGUGCGCAGGAGUCUAAGAGACGUUACUAAAGAGUAUGUCACACACUCUUCACUUGCGUGCGUCAGCAAAAUUGGUGAUUCGCAAGCCUCGGCCAAGAGCAGGUUGAUUCCCCUCGUCAUAUUCUGCUUCACGGUCGGCAUGACGUGUUACUUCACCGUGUACACCCUCUCCAAUGCCCUGACCAAGCCUCUCUUCGUCUCCAUGGAAUCCUCCACGUAUCCCAUCGCAGACAUAGACUUUCCAGCAGUAGCCGUUUGCAACGUCAAUAGAAUAAGCAAGAAGGCUCUGAAAGAGUAUGCCGCCAAAGCUUAUCCAUACCUGGCCGCGAACAACGAGUCCCUGGAGGAGGUGGAGUGGUGGUUCUACCAAUAUGGCCGACUGCUGGACUACACCUGGGACGAACGCCUCAGCACACACCCCUUCAUGGACGUUAGGUCCAAGUACCAUAUCAAAUCUAGCGAGAUAUUCAAGAAGAUGUCCCGGUAUUAUCUAUGUGAUGUUUGUCAGUUUGCCCCCAAAUGCGAAGACAUGGUGCUGUACUGUAUCUGGGCUGGCGACAAGCAGAACUGCUCAGACCUGUUCGCAGUGCGACGGACCUUCAGGGGACAUUGCUGCGUGUUCAACUAUGUGCUGGAUUACAACUCUGGUGGCAGACCGCGCAACACCAUCGCGAAGGCGAAGCGUCAAGUGGAGCCGGGUUCCACAGCUGGCCUCAUUCUCUACCUCGAUCCUAUGGUGAACGAUUAUGCAUAUCCUGUCAAUCAUAUACAGGGAUUUGACAUAUUCCUGUUCGACCCCGCCGUGUAUCUGGACCCGUACGUGGGCCGGGUGGUGCACCGCGUGCUGGAGGUCAACAAGGCGAUGUUCAUCGAACUGCAGUCCGUAAAACAGAUUGCCACGCAGGAGAUCAGAAAAUACCCUUUGAGCACGAGGAACUGCCUAUUCCGUGACGAGAGUCCUGCUUACGGUGUCAUGUACUCGUACAGUACCUGCCUCAUCCACUGCAGAAUCAAGACUGUGCAGUCGCUCUGCAAGUGCACCCCCUACUUCCUCCCCGCUAAUGUCGAGAGCACUGAAAUCUGUACCAUGGAGAAACUGCGUUGCCUGAAUAAGUAUAAAGAGAAACUCCUGUACAUCUUCCCGCAAACCGGGAAUACCGAGGGUCUAGAAGUGGAGAUGCAAGACUCCUUAUACUGCCCUGACUGCCUACCCGAUUGCGAGUUCACUAAGCACUACACCAGGGUCUCCAAAAUGCCAUUGGGCCUCGACGCCUUUCGCGCCAAAGAGAUGCCUAGGCGUGCAUUUGGAAAUGUCGACAGAGAUAACAAGAGCCUCCUUUUCAUUUACCAGUCAACAUCGGACGGCGUCCUCGAUCGACUUGACAUCGUCAACUACUGGUUCGAAAUUCUGAGUAAUUUUGGUGGAUUCGCCGGUAUAGUCAUAGGCUUUUCAAUUAUCAGUGUAUAUGAAAUAUUAUAUUUUUAUUGCAUUCGCUUUUGUUACCAAAUGUAUGUAAAUUAUAAACGCUAUAGUUAAUAAAAAUGUGAAAUGGUUU